AUGAAUGUUCAGGCUCACAUGUCGGGACAACAACGGUCUGGGCAGUCUCCAAACCAAGGGACAGUGCCGCAGAAUAACGGGAACUCUCAAAUGCAGAACUUAGUUGCUGGUUCAGGGGCUGGUGCUGGUGCUAGCGUAGGGACUUCACGUAGCACCGUUGGUCCAAUGGACCAUGAUAUUUUAAAACUAAGGCAGUACAUGCAAAUCCUUGUAUUUAACGUUUUGCAGCAACGGCAACCAUCUCCGGCUGAUGCUGCAUCAAAGGCAAAGUAUAUGGAUGUUGCUAGACGCUUAGAGGAGGGGCUAUAUAAGAUAGCUAUGUCAAAGGAGGAUUACUUGAACCGGUCAACCCUUGAGUCUCGGAUUGCAAGCCUAAUAAAAAACAGACACUUGAAUAGCUACAAUCAGCGACAUGCUAAUUCUUCUUCCGUAGGAACUCCAACGAUGAUACCUACUCCAGGAUUAUCACACGCUGGGGGUAGUCCUAGUUCGAUGGUUAGACCCUCUGCUAAUGCUACAAUACCUGGAAAUAACAACAGCACAAGUACAGCUGUGAAUACUGGAAACCUUGUAGCUUCUGCUGGCAUGCAUGGAGGUAAUAUGUCCAAUGGAUACCAACAUUCAUCGAGAAACUUUUCUCUUGGUUCUCGAGGGAACAUGACAUCCAUGGGUUCUCAAAGAAGUACUCCUCAGAUGAUUCCUACACCUGGGUUCGUUAACAAUGGUACUAAUAACAGUGGUGCAUUUUCUGCUGAGCCCACGAUGGUACCUAAGUCUCAGCAGCAGAAAAAGGAGGAUGCUGGUGGUCAGAAUAGUCACAUCAUGUCCAACAAAAUAACUGCUGGCCGUAGACCCGGGAUGCAACCAAAUGCAGCUAGUGUUGCCAUUAACUCUGUAAAAGGUGGUGUUGGAGUGAACGAAAAAAGUGUAGACAAAGGGGAAGUUUAUAGGACAACAAAUCCUGACACCCUUGGAUCUGGAAAUGCAGCAAGUUUCCAGUCUGUGUCCAGAGCUAACUCUUCUCGGUCACAUCCACAACAACAAUUUCCGCAACAACCUAAUCAGAUUCAUCUGCAGCAGCAGAAGUUUCUCCAGCAGACCGUGCAGCAACAUAAACUAAUAAGCAAUGAUGGUUCAGAGCAACCUCAGGUGGCUUCUGAAAUGGAUACGGAUGUUAAGCAUGAACCUAGAAUGGAGAACAAUAGUGAAGUUAUGCACUCCCAAGCAUCUGAACGGCUCCAGCUUUCUCAGUUCCAGAAUCAAUAUCAGAACUCUGGAGAAGACUGCUAUGCAGACGCUCAGCAACAUUCAGUUACAAGUCAGAGUGAUAUAUGCAUGUCACUUCCUCAGAAUAGCCGACAGAUUCAGCAAAAUACUCAAAUGUCUAAUGGUAUGUCAAGUCAACAGAACGUUCAGGAGGAUUUUCGUCAAAGAAUUACCGGGAUGAAUGAAGCUCAACCUAAUACCUUGACCGAAGGGUCUGUUGUUGGUCAGAAUCAUACUUCUACCGUAUCCAGUUCCCAUAGUCUGCAGAAUCCUAUUGGAACAAUGCGUAGAUUUGGGAAUCCCGAUCCCAAGUACCGAAACCAACAGAGAUGGCUCUUGUUUUUACUUCAUGCACGGACCUGUAACCCGCCAGGGGGGAAAUGCAAAGACCGAAAUUGUGUUACUGUUCGGAAACUAUGGAGUCACAUGAACACUUGUGUUGAACCUCAGUGCUUAUAUCCUCGGUGUCCUCACACAAAGGUGCUGAUUAGCCACUAUAAAAACUGUAAGGAUCUUCGGUGCCCUGUCUGUACGGCAGUGAAAACCUACCGUCAGCGACAAGCUAAUGCGUGUUCCCAGACCCCUUUCCAAAACGAAAGCAGCGCAGUGAACGGAGCUGUAGUAGCAAAUGAUUCAUUAUGCGCUACUUCUGGAGCGGUUUCUGGUUCCCUUGGGGAUGAUGAUACUUUAGAUAAUUUGCAAUCUUCAUCAAAACGGUUGAAGGUGGAGUCUUCUUUUCAACCAGUGGUUCCUGAGACGGAGAGUUGUAAAAGCUCCGCUGUUUCCAAUACAGAGACAGAAUUAUCUCAGGAUCAUAGGAACUGUGAUGCACAUGUGGCAGUGAAGUCAGGGAAGUUGGAAGGGAAAGAAGAAGUUUGUGAUAUUUCUGUUCAAGCAGGAUUGGGCACCAAAGAGAUAAAAGAUGAAGCUUUUGAAAAUGUUCACAAGCCUAGUCCUGCUAGUGAACCAGGUCAACAUGAUUUAUCUGGUGUCUUGCCAAUGCAAGAAAACAUAAAAAUGAAGCAAGAGCCAAAUAAAGAAGAUUUGGUGAAGUCUCCUGAGGAGGCACCAAAAUCUGGAAAACCAAAGAUAACGGGUGUUGCUUUAACUGAAUUGUUCACUCCUGAACAAGUGAGAGAACAUAUUCGUGGUCUUCGUCAGUGGGUUGGCCAGAGUAAAGCUAAAGCAGAAAAGAAUCAGGCCAUGGAGAAUUCGAUGAGUGCUAAUUCCUGCCAGUUAUGUGCGGUGGAGAAGCUUGCAUUCGAGCCAGCACCUAUAUAUUGUACUCCGUGUGGUGCUCGUAUCAAAAGGAACGCAAUGUACUAUACUGUUGGAGGUGGUGAAACUCGUCACUACUUUUGUAUUCCCUGUUAUAAUGAAUCCCGAGGAGACACUAUACUCGCCGAAGGGACUUCAGUACCAAAGGCAAAACUCGAAAAAAAGAAAAACGAUGAAGAGACUGAAGAAGCGUGGGUCCAGUGUGAUAAAUGUGAGGCUUGGCAACAUCAAAUAUGUGCUCUAUUUAAUGGGCGGAGGGAUGAUGGGGGACAAGCUGAGUACACCUGCCCAAACUGCUAUAUAACUGAGGUGGAGCAAAAUGAGAGGAAGCCUUUACCUCAAAAUGCUGUUCUUGGAGCGAAAGACCUGCCAAAAACGAUUCUCAGUGACCACAUAGAGCAACGUUUGUUUAAGAGACUGGAGCAGGAAAGGGCUGAGAGAGCCAGGGCUCAAGGAAAAAAUUAUGAUGAGGUUCCAACUGCUGAAUCCCUUGUGGUUAGAGUUGUUUUAUCUGUUGACAAGACGCUGGAAGUCAAAUCUCGAUUUCUUGAAAUUUUUAGGAAGGAUAAUUUCCCCACAGAAUUUCCAUACAAGUCUAAGGUGGUUCUAUUGUUCCAGAAGAUUGAAGGUGUAGAAGUCUGCUUGUUUGGGAUGUAUGUCCAAGAAUUUGGAUCUGAAUGUUCAUCUCCUAAUGAGCGCCGUGUUUAUCUCUCGUAUCUGGAUUCUGUAAAGUAUUUUAGACCUGAUAUUAAAUCUGCUUAUGGAGAGGCUCUGCGGACUUUUGUAUACCAAGAAAUUCUUAUUGGUUACCUGGAAUACUGCAAAUUGCGUGGUUUCACGAGCUGUUAUAUAUGGGCGUGUCCACCACUGAAGGGUGAGGACUACAUCCUAUAUUGCCAUCCAGAAAUUCAGAAAACGCCAAAAUCUGAUAAACUACGGGAGUGGUACUUGGCAAUGUUGAGAAAAGCUGCAAAGGAAGGGAUUGUAGCGGAAACUACAAAUCUAUAUAACCAUUUUUUCUUGCAAAGUGGUGAAUGUAGAGCUAAGGUUACGGCAGCUAGGCUUCCGUAUUUCGAUGGUGACUAUUGGCCAGGUGCAGCAGAGGAUAUCAUACACCAAAUGGGUCAAGAAGAUGAUGGUAGAAAGGGUAAUAAGAAGGGAAUACUCAAGAAACCCAUUACAAAAAGGGCUCUAAAAGCAUGUGGCCAGUCUGAUCUGUCUGGGAAUAUGUCCAAAGAUCUGCUGCUAAUGCAAAAACUUGGUGAGACCAUUCACCCCAUGAAGGAGGACUUUAUCAUGGUUCACUUGCAGCAUUGUUGCACGCAUUGCUGUGCACUAAUGGUAACUGGAAAUCGUUGGGUCUGUAGCCAAUGCAACGAUUUCCAGUUAUGUGAUGGGUGCUAUGAUACUGAACAGAAAAGAGAGGAUAGAGAAAGGCAUCCUGUAAAUCAGAAGGAUAAACAUACACUGUAUCCUGUUGAGAUCACAGGUAUUCCUGAAGACACCAAGGACAAAGAUGAGAUACUAGAAAGUGAAUUUUUCGAUACGAGGCAAGCAUUCCUGAGUCUUUGUCAAGGGAACCAUUAUCAGUAUGAUACAUUGAGGCGGGCAAAACAUUCUUCCAUGAUGGUGCUUUAUCAUCUUCACAAUCCAACUGCUCCUGCCUUUGUCUCAACGUGUAACGCAUGUCACCUCGAUAUUGAGACUGGUCAAGGCUGGCGCUGUGAAGUUUGCCCUGACUACGAUGUAUGCAAUGCUUGUUACCGUAAAGAGGGAUGUGUUAAUCAUCCUCACAAGCUGACAAAUCAUCCAUCACUAGCUGACCAAAAUGCUCAGAAUAAAGAAGCUAGGCAAUUGCGAGUUUUGCAGCUCAGGAAAAUGUUGGAUCUUCUGGUGCAUGCGACGCUAUGCCGUCGUGCGGCAAAUUGUCAAUAUCCUAAUUGCCGCAAAGUGAAGGGGCUAUUCCGACAUGGUCUAGGUUGCCGGAUACGUGCUUCAGGGGGUUGUGGUCUAUGCAAGAAAAUGUGGUAUCUCUUACAAAUUCAUGCCCGGGCCUGCAAGGAAUCAAACUGUGCUGUACCACGAUGCGGAGACCUAAAGGAACAUUUGAGAAGGUUACAACAGCAAGCAGAUUCACGGCGCAGAGCAGCCGUCAUGGAGAUGAUGAGGCAGAGAACUGCUGAAGUCGCUGGGACCUCGGCUGAUUAAUUUUGUAUAUACUUUUUUCAUUUAGGAACAGAAGUGGAAAUAGAUAGAAGAAGCUGUGGCGUCUCUGAAGAGGUGAAACACACCAGCUAGUGAAGACACAGUUUCUCAGCUCAAGUGCCUCC